AUGGAAGUCGUGGCCUCGCGCUGCAUCAACCAGCAGACGUGCCACCUCACAGCGUCCGACGACGUGUUUGGGAACCCGUGCGCGGGUACGUUCAAGGCCCUUAGCGUCGAGGCGCAGUGCGUCGGCCUCACCAACACCCUCGUCGGUGGUACGGUCGACCAACACGAGACUCUCUUGCUGCAGUGCCCGCAAAACCAGAAGAUCUCGCUGGUCGCGUUCGCAUCGUACGGCAGUCCCACGGGCACCGUCGGCACGUUCGAGACGGGUUGGUGCGACGCAUCGUCGUCGGUUGGCGUCGUGCAGAGUCUCUGCGCGGGUCAGUCGUCGUGCGCGAUCCAGGCCGAUGACUGGGUCUUUGGCAACCCGUGCGACGGAACGUUCAAGACGCUCAGCGUCGCAGUCGAGUGUGCCGACAGUAGCUCGGCGCGCCUUCGCCGCCGUCUCUAAAGCGAAGUGACUUUGUGUUUGUAAUCCAAAUGCACAUUUGUUUUACGUUGACGCCUAA